CCACCUGCUCCUCUCACCUCUCCACCUCCAUCACCAGAACCAUGACCUGCUGUGGCUGUUCCGGAGGCUGUGGCUCCAGCUGUGGGGGCUGUAGCUCCAGCUGUGGAGGCUGUGGCUCCAGCUGCUGCUGUGUGCCCGUGUGCUGCUGCAAGCCCGUGUGCUGCUGUGUGCCAGCCUGUUCCUGCUCCAGCUGUGGCAAAGGGGGCUGUGGCUCCUGUGGUGGCUGCAAGGGUGGCUGUGGUACUUGUGGGGGGUGUAAGGGUGGCUGUGGCUCCUGUGGGGUGUGCAAGGGGGGCUGUUCCUCCUGUGGGUGCUCCAAGGGGGGCUGUGGCUCCUGUGGGGGCUCCAAGGGGUGCUGUACCUCCUGUGGGGGAUCUAAGGGAGGCUGUAGCUCCUGUGGGUGCACAAAGGGAGGCUGUGGCUCCUGUGGGUGCUCCAAGGGGGGCUGCAAGCCCUGCUGUUCCCAGUCGAGCUGUUGCCAGUCCAGCUGCUGCAAUCCCUGCUGCUGCCAGUCCAGCUGCUGCAAGCUCUGCUGCUGCCAGUCCAGCUGUUGCAAGCCCUGCUGCUGCCAGUCCAGCUGCUGCAAUCCCUGCUGCUGCCAGUCUAGCUGCUGCAAGCCCUCCUGCUGCCAGUCUAGCUGCUGCAAGCCGUGCUGCUGUGAGUCCAGCUGCUGCAAGCCAUGCUGUUGCCAGUCCAGCUGCUGUGGCCCUGUGUGCUGCCAGUGUAAGAUCUGAGCUUCUAAACUCAGACAAGUCAUCCUGAGCCAGACACUGUUCAAGGCUCAUCCUCUCUGUAGGAUGAACCCAGCUGUCCCCGCCCCCCACUUCCUAAGAAGAGGCUGUGCAGUCAUGCUCCGUCUCCUCACAGGCUCUCCUCCCAAGUCACCUUUUGGCUCAAACGGCCACGCUGUUCCACUCAGCAGACUGAGCACUAAACACCUCCUAUCCUGCCUUUUGGUUUAGGAGGACCCUCCCCUUGGAGUCCCAUUUGGAAUGACGUGGGGUAAAGAUUGUCUGGAACUUUCUGUAGGCUAUACACUAUUGUCUCUUAAAUUGAAUGCUGCAAAUCAAUAAAACCACACGGCCACA